UCACAUUAGAAGAAAAAAAAACUUCGAAAAAAUCAUAAAGGGUCAUUCCAUGCCAAAUCGGCGGAUUUUUGCACGAGAAAUCUUCGAUUUUUUUCAAAAUCAGAUCAAGUUCAGAGGUCAUCAAACGAUGACGAAUGACGCAAACCGGACAUUUUUCGAUUCUUUUUUUGGCGGAGCUGUGGGGCUCCAAUGAGUUCUCCGAAAUGGCAGAAAAUGGAAAUUUUCAGUUGCGAAUUGCUCCGGUCGUACGUGGUAUAGAAUUUUGAACUUUUUUUCAAAUAGUAGUACUUUGAAAGGGUAAUCGACGAAUGAUGUCAAAAUCAGUGUUGCCACUUUCAAAAACCUAAAAAAAUCGAUUUAAAAACUUAUUAUUUAAAUAUAACCACGAUGUCCGCGAGUAAAAAUUCUGAAAAAAUUCUCAGUUUUAGUCCUUCUCAUGUAGAAUAACACAUCGAAAAAAUUGGACUGGUAUUUUUCUUUCAUUUUCGAGAAAAAAAAUUACAAGUUUGGCACUUAUUGCAAAAAUACCAUCAGAAACCUGAAAAAUAUAAAAUUUUGCAUUUUUGAGAUAUUUUACCAAUGUGUAGUCGAACAUUUGAAAAAAAAAUUCCCUCCCUCGCAAUUUGUCAACGAAUUGGCGAAAAAUACCAUUCUUCGUGCAAUAAUUUUAUGAGUGAAACAUAAUGAAAAAAUGUCACCGCUGUUUUAAACAAAAUCAGAAACCGUGAUAAAUGAAUAUUUUUGUAUUUUCGAAAUAGAUAUGUAAGUAGGUGCGAUCCUUCGGGGCGCCCCUAUAGAUCCUACUACACACUACUCGUUUCUCCCAGGAUCGAGACUCCGUUCAGAGGUUUAACGGAUCAGCCAGAAUAACUUUAAUGGUUGAGAAAUAAACCUCAUAUUUCUCCACCAUCCGGUAGUUCGUAAGAUCUCGAUUGAAUCGAUCCUAACAUCAACCAUUAACUUAUAUUCGUGUUUUUUUUCGAGUUUUGUGUACAUUUUUUUUUCAUCUUUCUCAAUUUUUUUUGCUGGUGUUGAUAUUAAAAAAAAAAAAAAAAAAAAAACGAUUUUUACCUACAUUUAUUGGUGGUAUUGUGCGUUUCGCGAAAUUGAAAGUACCUAUUUUUCUGUUUUUCGAGUAUUUUUUUUCUGUACAUUGAUAUACAUUUUUUUGAGUAAAAUUUAUCGGAAUUUAUCGGUUAAAAUGCGUACGCGAUCGGAUAAAAAUGGUGCUGAUGCUGAAGGCGGUGGCUCACCCGAGAUGACACCAGAAGUUCAGUUACUGAUACAGCAACAGGUGCAAAUGCAGGUACAGGCGAUACUAGCUGCUAGUAAUAAUUCGUUAUUUUCGGACCAACAGCAACUUAUGGCAGCUGAUAGGGCAUACAUUACGCCAACUUUUCAACUUCGUUCUAUGGGUGAUCACGAAAAACUCAAUGGGCAUAGAAAUUUUCGAGCCUGGCGAAAUAUGGUCGAGUUAGACUUACGUGCUCUAAAUCUAUACCCUUUUAUUACUUCUCCAAGAGGGUCAGAAGUAGAGAUUUCGCAAGCGAAGAGAAAUGUACUAGAUGCACAAACUAUGCAGUAUAUUACCAUGGCCGUUUCCAGGCCUAUUGCAGCCAGACUCCAUGAUUUAAAUACUGCUUACGAUAUGUAUGGGUACAUAUCACAAAAUUAUGGAUCUGGGAGAAUCCAGGAUAUGGUGGAUCUCCAUAAUCGAUUCGUUAGGCUGCGUUUUCGUCGUAAUUUUGACCCAGACCGAUUUAUUGCUGACUUUGAGCAGAUGAUUAAUGAGUAUCAAAAUUUGGGAACAGUAUUCUCCGACGAAUAUAUAACCACAAUUUUUCUUCAAAAAAUAGAGGGGAUCUAUGAUCAUCGAAGCCCUUAUUCGACGUUUUUCUCUACGAUCACCACUCUGCCUGAUGAAAAUCAUACAUUAGAAUUCAUCAAGGAACGAUUUUUGAGGAUUGCUGAAAAUGACAAAAAUAAGAAAUUCUCUGAUAAAAAACCCUUUGAUUCUAAAAAGCCAGAAAAUGAUAAGCGCAACGAGUCUUCCUCUUCCGCCUCCUCUGCCUCUGGUAAAAAUCAACGAAAACGUCCAAUUGACUCCACUGAAAAAUCCGACGAGCCAAAAGUGAAAAUUUCCAAACCUAAGUAUACACCUCAACAAGUUGAACAACUCAAGACUAUGUCCAAAGAGGAGAAAUUGAAAAUACUUUGCACGAAAUGCGGGGAGUAUUUCCAUAAAGAGAAAGACUGCCCAAAUCCGGGAAAAGCCUGCUAUGGAUGUCGUGAAUAUGGUCAUGUUCGAGCUGAUUGUCCUAAAGGUCGUAAAUAAAAGGACAGAAUGGAUAAACGAUCACAUGAGGGACGAUUUUUAUUUCCUGUUGAAGGACUUGAUCGAAAUUUGUAUUUUAUUCUUUUUAGAUUCGUAUUAUUUUAUUUUUAUUUAGAGAAAUAGAAUUAUUCAUAAACAGGUUCGUAAUUUUUAAUCAAUAGACUACCGAUGUAUAGAAUAUGGUAAUGGUAAUUUCAGGCUAUUAAUUAGUUUAUUUG